AUGGGCACUACCGUGAGCUCGAGGUCUCCUCAGCGGCACUUGGUUUUGUUCAACUACGAAGCAUGGGGACAUAUGCGCCCUAUGUGUAACUUCGCUGCGCGGAUCGUGAAGAUGCAGCCCACUAUCCUGAUUACACACUUCGUCACACCCACGUUUUAUGACAGGGUGCAGACAGAGCUAAGGAGGAACUUCGAGGAUCAGGAGUCGAGCCUUUUGGAACGCAUCCGGAUCAUAGCACUGCCAUGUGACAAUACCAACCCGUUGGACAGCAGCGCGCUUCAGAACGCCUUCGCCAAUGCAUACGAGAAGCUCGUGAACCUACAGCCCGUGAGCUGCGUCAAGACGGAAGCGGAGAUCAAGACAACAUGUUGCCCCGAUUUGGUCGUGGUAGAUUUCUUUGGCAGUGCCCCCAUUGAUGCCGUGCGCAAGGCGAGUAAGAAACAGGUCAAGGUUCUGUUCUGGUUCGCGGGUUCAGCGACGUCACUCUUUUGUGUCGGUGGCCCUGAGAGUCAGGGCGGAAAGGGCAAUCUCCGUACCAGGAGCCAGGAAGUUGCCAAACGGACCUGUAUCAGCAUUGAGGAAGCGGCAGCACAGAUUACCUUGACUGGCAAAGGAUCUCUCGUCCGACUGCCAGGUUUACCGCCGAUGUAUGACUAUGAAAUCCAGCCGCAACGCGUGAGCUUUUCUUGCACACGCGUGUGGGAUCGCGAUACUCACUUCGACUCUGUAGCCGAUCGCUCCACUUGCGUUGCUGGCACCAUGGAAGCAUGUGAUGGAAUAGUCCUCGCCACACCAGAAUGCUAUGAAACAGAAGCAAUCGCGGCCUUGCGAGACUGGCUGGCAGGGUCCUCUCGGCUUAUCUACGCAUGUGGACCCCUCAUUCCUUCCGGCGUUCAAGCAGUUGCCUAUGAGAAAUUACAAAGCUCGGACGCAGCCAAGGUGGAGAGCUUUUUGCAUGCUAAACUAGCUAGCCACGGCGAGCACUCCGUUCUCUAUAUAUCCUUCGGAACCAUCUUCUUCCCAUUGGAGCCUGAGAAACUCGCAGCAUUCCUUGAAAUCGCUGUGGAGAAGAAGGUCCCCUUUAUCUUAAAUCAUACGUCACCUUACAUCCCCCUCCCGGACUUCGUCACAGACAAGCUCAGCAGCUACUCCGACUGCAUGGUGACCAAAUGGUGUCCUCAACAGCUCGUUCUAAGCCAUAGUGCCACGGGUUACUUUGUAUCGCAUGCAGGACACAACAGCGUGAUCGAGGCUAUAACUGAGGGAGUA